AUGGGGCCUCCCUAUGUUACUCAGGCUGGUUUCCAAUUCCUGGGCUCAAGCGAUCCUCCCGCCUUGGUCUCCCAAAGUGGUGGGAUUACAGGCGUAAACCUCCGCACCCGGCUAUUUUUACUUUAAAAUACUAAGUCAGUGACGGAAGCUUCCGCACAUUCUCGUGGCUCACUUUUCUCUUCCUGGGGAAAAAAGACAGGAGGUAUUUCCGAGAGAGCCACCCAUGUAGGAAGCGUGCCUUUGGGCGAUCAGGGAGCUGAGCAACCGAAAAACCUCCUCCCCUCCAAGGGGGCGGCAGGCCAGGGCCUGGACCAGCUGCCCUGGAGCCCCCCACAGAGCACGGACUACCGCGUGGGCGCGGAGGGCAGGGAGAAUGGGAGGUGGAUUUCUUUUUAUUUUUUGUUUUUCUGAAUUUUCCCAAUUUCUCUGCAGUGGAUUGGUGAUACUUUUAUAGUCCAAGUGGGGGAGGAGGGAGCAAACAUGUUACCCUAAAAAGAAAAAAUAAAUUUCCCAAAUGUAAACGGUGCGGGGACUUGGGGGUGGGCGUCCCAGUACUCCCAGGGCACUGGGGGCGGGCUAGGGACGGGGUUGGCGGCGGCUGGGCCUCGAGGCGCUAAGUUAUUCUGGUCUCUCGGCGCCUCCGCAGCUGGCGAGCUUUUUAUAAACAGGACGAGUCACCCCCCGCCACACACACACGCUCCAGCCCCGCCUACUGGGAGGGGUGGGGGGAGAAUCUAGGGGAUCAGGACUCUCCUGGGGGCCACACACCCCUGGAGGGUUUGAAAGCUGGAGUAGGGGGAGCAGGAGACCCAAAGUGGGGGCUGGGGUUUCGGGCUCCUCCCCCCUCCCCAAAUUCUGACUUCCUUCCCUGAAGAUUUGGAGGAAUAAAAGAUGGACCAUCUUAGCUCCCAAAAGGCUCCAUUCUCUGAGUUUUGCUUUCCCAGGAUGGAGGGAGGGGGUCUCCCAGCCCCCGGGUCUUUGAAUCCGAGCUUUGAAGAGCUGGAGGCUUCGGCUCGUGCCCUCCCUGUUUCCCGGGGCAUUUACCGCAGGCUUUAAGGGGUUUCCGGGACAGGUCGCUUCUCUGUCCCUGCUAAACCUUUUCUUCGAAUUUUCCUCUUGAUGACGGGGCGCAGGGAGGGGAGGGAGUUCCCAGAGAGUCCAUCAGCCCCUUCCUCCUUUUCUGGGAAUCGUGGGGAGGGGAGGCUCUCUUGACCUCUACUUCUUUCUUUUCAAACCUCAGAAACGGGGGAGAGGUGGAGUCUUUACUAGCCCCUCCCUCAGUGGGGGGGGGGGUCUUACGCCUCGGGAAUGGGACAGGGGUCCCUCUUGACCCCUGUUUAUUCUUUUGUAUUUAUUUUCAACCCCAUAUAUGUGAGGGCAUAAAACAUCUCUUGGGCCCCGAUUUUUCUUUUCUGCAAUUGGGAGUCAGGGGCAUUUAACAGGGGUCACAGCACCUUGGACUAGACGGUGGCCUCAAGAGUCCCCUACCUGGGGUGGGUGCGGGCGGGUAAGGGAACCGCCCCUCGAAGACCGGGGCUCAGCCAAGGCCUCAGCCUCUCGGCCCUUCAAUCUCCCAGAUGCCACCAUUGGACAAGAGGAGGGGGUAGACAAUCGCUGAUUGGCUACUCCGCCCGUCGCUCGAGGGCUUAAGCCAGUGAGAGAACGCUGAGGGGCCCCGCCUCUCCGAGGCGGACAGGAGGCGGACGAGAGGCGGAGUCGGCCCCCGCGCCGCUCCCGCCCCUACAGGAUGCAAACGCUAGGCCCCGCCCCAUUUGCACGUCAAUCUGCUCAGGAGCCCUGCCCCAUCUGGUUCUGCAUGCGUCAAUGGGCCACAUCUCUACGCGCGGCUCCGCCUCCGGAUGGCGUCACGGCUUAUCUACAUGUGAGGCUCCGCCCCUCCCUUUGCAGGACGUCACGGAGGACUGCAGGGGCCUGAGCCGCUGCUGCCGCCGCCGCCGCGCAGCCCCACAUCAACGCACCGGGGUCCUGUCACCGCCACCGCCAAAAAAGUCACCGCCGCUAGGGUCGCCGUUGCAUCGGUGCAGGGCAAGAUGGCAUCCGCCACAGACUCGCGCUAUGGGCAGAAGGAGUCCUCGGAUCAGAACUUCGACUACAUGUUCAAGAUUCUCAUCAUCGGCAACAGCAGCGUGGGCAAGACGUCAUUCCUCUUCCGCUAUGCUGACGACUCGUUCACGCCUGCCUUCGUCAGCACCGUGGGCAUCGACUUCAAGGUCAAGACCAUCUAUCGCAACGACAAGAGGAUCAAGCUGCAGAUCUGGGACACAGCAGGGCAAGAGCGGUACCGGACCAUCACCACCGCAUACUACCGGGGCGCUAUGGGCUUCAUCCUCAUGUAUGACAUCACCAACGAGGAAUCCUUCAAUGCAGUGCAGGACUGGUCCACCCAGAUCAAGACCUACUCAUGGGACAAUGCCCAGGUGCUGCUGGUAGGAAACAAGUGUGACAUGGAGGAUGAGCGGGUGGUGUCAUCAGAACGUGGCCGGCAGCUAGCUGACCACCUUGGGUUCGAGUUCUUUGAGGCAAGCGCCAAGGACAACAUUAACGUCAAGCAGACCUUUGAGCGCCUGGUGGAUGUCAUCUGCGAGAAGAUGUCCGAGUCGUUGGACACGGCGGACCCUGCGGUCACAGGCGCCAAGCAGGGCCCACAGCUCAGUGACCAGCAGGUGCCACCGCACCAGGACUGCGCCUGCUGAGAGCCACCCCACCCCCUUUCCCUUCUUCCCUGUCUUCCCCACCUUCCCCCAACUACCCGGGCCUGACCCGGCCCCUACCAGCCACAGGCACAAGACCCCUGCUCCUGACUUAGCCCGUCACCCUUAUUUAUUAUUGUAGCUAUUUAUUUAUUUAUUGAAGAUGUCCCCCAGGGGCCCAGGCUCCCCUGCCCACCCCAAGCCCUGCCCAUCCUGUACAUAUAGCCCUUUCCCCACUCAGCCGUGGUGUCUCGUGGCCCCGUGAACUCACCGCUCACCCUCCUGAACCGCCCCCCCGCCUUUUUUUUAAAUUCACCCCCAUCCACAGUUGUCAGUUGUGAAGAGGGGCCAGAUGACACCCUAAAGCAGGCUGAUCGGGCAAUGGGAGGUGGCCAGGCCUGCCAGCGCCUCGGCUCUGCCGCGGUGGGCCGAGGCCACUGUUGGGGGUUUCCCUGUGUGGACCAUGGGGGUCAGAGUCUGGCCUGCCAGGCUCCUCUCCCCAUUUUCUCUUUUGGUGGGGGGGUGUGCUGUGGGUAUUCACCACCCUGGGAACCCCCCCGCCGACCGGACCUGUUCUGACCUCAUGAGUGUCAAACGUGCCCCCCAGUUCCUUAGCAGAUGUCAUGACAACACUACACACACCCAAUAAAGCGAAUGGACCAUC